AAAAUAAGUAAAAAUAAAGUGCUAAAAUAUCGGAAUAAAUCCAAUAUUCUUGAAUUUGCAUUUGAAAAAGAAAAAAAAAAAAUAAAUAUAAGUGCAUAUAUUUACAAUUUUAUGGGAUUGGUGAAUUAUUCAUUCAACUGGUGCAUAUUUUGAAAAAAAUCCAAAUAAAUAACAAGAAUAUAAGAAUUGUGUAUAUAUUUUCUACACACAUACCAAUCUAUAUUUAUAUAUAAAAAACAACGUCCAUUUGUUUGCACUUGCAUACUUCGUAUGUGUGUGGCUACAUGUCUGUAAGCCAUAGAGUAGUGUUCUUGUCGUUUCUGUGUCCAGUGCGUGUGUAAAAGAAUUAAAUUUUUGAAUUUGUUUGUAUUCAGUUUUGAACAUUAAGUUCAAAAUACAACAAGAUUGGCGGUUUCGUGACCAACUGAACGACAUACCGACCGAGAGACCAACCUGCCGGCCUCUUUUACUCUCCGCUGCGGCUUCCGUUUACAUCUUGCUAUUGCUGUUGUUGUUGCUUGGUGGCUAUCGCCACUGUCACGUUCUUGCCCACAUUUUCCAUCGUCCAUCAGCUGGCCGAUUGACUGUCUGGCCGGCUUCGUUUUGACCAUUUGCUGUUGUUGCUGCUGCCGUGUGCCCGGUGUUCUUCUGCAGGAAAAAAAGAUUGUAAAAGUAUUUUUCCCUCUCAACCAUGACGGUCAUAAAAGAUAUGAAACCCUUGAGUGGGUGUGGAACGGGGAAUGCCACCAUUGGCAGUGCCACUGAUUGCGGCGGUGGCGGUGGUGGAGCCUUAGCCAUGAAUUGUUGUUCAACAGCUGCCAGUUCAGAAAUUUCCAUCGAUGCCAGUUCAUCAACAUCAUCCACACUGAAGUCUGCCACAACAACAACAAAAGUCAAUAAUAAUUUAUCGCACAACAACAAAUAUGAUAACAUUGAGAAAGCAUUCGCCCGUUGUCCAGAAAUUGAUAUUGAAUUUGAGAACAUCCGAUAUACGGUGAAGAAGUUCUCGUUUGCGGAGAAGAAAUUUGUUGCAAAAGAAAUUCUGCAUGGCAUUAAUGGUUCAUUUCGUUCCGGUGAAUUGACCGCCAUCAUGGGCCCUUCGGGGUCGGGAAAGAGUACCCUGCUAAAUGUAAUGACCGGAUUUCGAUGUUCUGGCGUCUCCGGCAAUGUCCGUGUCAACGGUACACCCAUUGCCACCACAUCACAGAAAUUUCGUGAAUUAUCAUGUUACAUACAUCAGGAUGAUCUGUUGCGCCCCCAGUUGACGGUGGGCGAGACAAUGAUGCUUGCCACCCAUCUAAAGUUGGGUUUUAAGAUCUCGAAACAGGAAAAGGUGCGGCUGGUGAAGCAUAUCCUUUCGCUGUUGGGUCUCGAACAUCGUUACAAUGUCAAGGCCGGCAAGCUGUCUGGUGGCCAAAAGAAACGUCUCGCCAUUGCGCUGGAGUUGAUAAGCAAUCCAUCAGUUUUGUAUUUGGACGAACCAACAACUGGCCUGGACAGUUCAUCAUGCAGUCAAUGCAUUAGCUUGCUCAAGAAAUUGGCCGCCCUAGGUCAUACCAUUGUCUGUACCAUACAUCAACCUUCGGCCUUGAUUUUCGAGAUGUUCGAUAAAUUGUAUACCGUGGUCGAGGGCCAUUGCAUGUAUCAGGGUCCCGUCAAGGAGUUAAUACCCUUUUUGGCUGAUCAAAAUCUCAUGUGUCCAAGUUAUCACAAUCCUGCCGAUUUUUUAUUGGAAGUAGCUGUUGGUGACUAUGAACGUGAUCUGGAAAAAUUGAUCAAUGCAGCAAAUAAGAAAUAUUUCGAAGAUAGCGAUUUGAGUCAACUGAAUCGUGUCACACGGCUAAUAAGUAAAAUGCAAGUUGAAAAUGUCGAUUUGUCGCAUUUGAGUGGCAAUGGAAAAAACCUGGCCAAAACCUUCAACAUUGAACUGAUGGAUGGCAGUAGCAUUGUCCAUCCGUCCAAGAAGACGAAGAACUUUCCAGCAUUUGAUUACACCAAACCGGUUGUAAUUAAUGAUGAAUUAGCUUUGGAGGAAAUGAAAGCCCUUGCUGACGGUGGUGGCAAUAAACAUCCAACUUCGGUGGACGACAUGGAAAUGCCACAUGAAAAACAGCCGCUGAACAAAGCCGAAGCCGGCCUAACAUUCAACACCGAACAAUUUACAAAGGCCUCAUUUUUUAUGCAAUAUCUGCUGCUGAUGAAUCGCAUUUUCAUUUGUGCGAAGCGGAGUAGUUUUUUGCUUCUGGCUCGCAUAUUAUCGCAUCUGGUGAUCGGUGUUAUAUUUGGUUAUUUAUACAAAGAUGUUGGCGAUAAGGCCAACACCGUAUUGGGAAACUAUGUAUAUUUGUAUGGCACAACACUGCUUUUGGUCUACACAGGGAAAAUGGCUGUUGUUCUGACGUUCCCUUUGGAAAUUGGUAUGCUGUCGAGAGAACAUUUCAAUCGCUGGUAUAAUCUGGGGCCAUACUUCCUCUCGCUGCUGUCAUUUGAAAUUCCUUUUCAGUGUAUCUGUUCCGUCAUUUACAUGGGAAUCAGUGUGGUCCUGACGAACAACGAUAAAAGCGAUAACUUCCGUGUGAUGUAUUUCAUUCUCUUUGGAGUUAUGGUGACGUUGAGUGCCCAGUCGUGGGGCUUCUUUGUGGGAGCCACUCUGCCAACAAAAAUUGCUGUCUUCCUGGGUCCCAUAUUGGCGGUGCUGUUCUCCGUCUUCGGUUUCUGUACACGUUACAUUGACAUAACCCCAAUCUUCCGAUGGAUGUGGCACAUUAGCUAUUUUCGUGCCGGAUUUCAUGGGGCUCUCAAUGCCAUCUAUGGCAUGGAUCGUUCAAUGCUGCCCUGCCCCGAUGAAAUUAUGUACUGUCAUUUUCGUAGUCCAAAGAUUUUCCUUGACUUCAUGAUGAUUUCCGAUGUCAGUAUGACACAUUGUGUUCUGUUGAUGGCUGGUGUCAUUGGUACCAUGCAUGUGCUGACGGCCCUCACUCUGUGGCAUAAAUUGAAUAAACGCUAAGGAGAGAAAGAGAGAGGCAUUCAUUUGUUUAUUUAGUAACAUUUUAGACAGAAUUGUAAAUAAUUUAUGACAAAAA